AUGGCGACUGCCUGGCUUGUAUCACUCACGGAAGAAUUUCAGAAAUUGCAGCAGCACCACCCAAGGGUAACGACGGGCGUUCUCGGUGCGGUGGUUGGAACCGUUAUCUUGGGAAGCUUGCUACGACGUCGCCAUCAUGCAUCCACCUCCGAACCCCAAGGACGCAAACUCCCUUCGCCUCGAGGAUGGCUUCCCAUCGUUGGCCACGUGUGGAAACUGAGUGAAUCACCGCAUUUGCAAAUGGUGGAGUGGGCAAAAGAACUCGGUCCGAUAUACGAAAUAAGCAUGGGAGGACGACCAUUUUUGGUUUUGAACGAUGCGGAAGUUGUCAGAGACCUGCUGGAAAUCAACGGUCAGAAAAACUCGAACCGACUCACCAAUACCGUGGUGAAGCUGAUGGGCCAUGACGGCCUUAUCUUUGCUUGGGGUCCCGAUAAUGCGUUUCUCAAGACCUCGCGUCGUUUGAUGCUUGGCAGUGUCAGCAAGAACAACUUGGAGCGCAAAUAUCCUUUGCUGUACAACACGGAGACAAAGUAUAUGCUCGAGAAGCUUCAUAAAGAAGGUGUCGCUCCGGAGGGCACGAAGCUGGCCAAUCACUGCUACUUGUACACGAUCAAUGUUGCCAUGCAUUUGUUAUUCGGAGUUCGGUUCUCCUCGCCUACGGAUCCUAAAUUUGAGGAGUUACACAAACUUGCGGUCGAAUUUGCCGAGCUAGGCCUGGCGAUGCUGAUCGACUGUCCCAAGCCUUUGGAAUUCCUAAUCCGUUGGUACAAAGAGCGAGCUAUUGAUUGCCAAAAUCGAUUCCAAUCCAUCUUUAAGCGAUACAUUCAAGAAUUGCGUGACAAGCGAGCCCAGCAAAAACCCGAGGACUGGUAUCCUUGCCUGAUGGGAGACAUUUUGGACGUUGAAGAAAAGGAAAACUUGUCAGCUAUCGAGUUAGAGAAUAUUGCUGCCACCGUUAUGCUUGCGGCUACGGAUACCACGGCCGCUACCAUUCAGAAUACGUUAAAUAUCCUGGUCAAUCACCCAGAAGUCCAAGCCAAGGCGCAGCAAGAAUUGGAUCAAGUGGUUGGAUCAGAUCAGUUGCCCAGGGAAAAAGAUUUGGACCAAUUGCCUUAUAUCCAGUCCAUCGUUACUGAAGUGCUUCGCUACCGACCUCCAUUGUGGCUUAAUUUGCCUCACAUGACAGGCGAACGUCAGAUUUACAAGGGUUAUGAGAUACCGGCUGGCCUUGGUAUCAUGCAUAAUAUCUACGCAACGAACUUUGACCCGUCAGUGCAUGCCAAUCCUGAAGUAUUUAAUCCUGAUCGAUUCUAUCAAGACGAAAGACCGUUGACGGGUGGUCAUCAACGUGAUCACUGGAGUUUUGGAGCUGGACGACGACUAUGCCCUGGAUCGAUCUUUGCUGAAAAGUCCAUUCAGUUGUUGACGGCGCGUGUGUUAUGGUCUUACACCGUAGCAUGUCCUACUGAUAAACAUGGUCAGCUUGUUCCUGUGCCUAUCACUGACAUCAAGUUGCCUCUUGCUUUCCCCGAGGAUUGCAAUGUUCGUUUUAUUCCACGUCGACAGAACAUCCAGGAACUAUUCGCUAAUGAAUAA